UGUUUUAUAAUAGAAUAGAAAAAUAAUAUAUUCCGCAACACAUUCAGUGAAAAUUAGCGCAGAUUAAAUUAUGAAUAUAUUGCAUUUCAAACAAUCAAUUACAAGAAAUCAGUAUGUUUUUAAUGAACAUACCAUCAAUAUACUAAAAAACCGCUUUUGUAUUUACUUGAAUCGAUUUCUAGCAUACAUUAGAACGUCUAAUCCUAUAUUAACUGUUGAACAAGAAAUUGAAUUUUCAAUAUUUUUGAAAACACUUUUUAAACUGAUAAUACUUGUCACUGAACGCGAAGAAGAAGAUUUUAUUUUAAACGAAAUAGAUACCAUGAGUAGUUCAGUUAUUUGUCAUGUAAUGCUUUACGAAAAAUGUCGCCAAUUUUUCAGACUUACAUUAGAAAUAAACGAAGUAAAACUCGAAAAAAUAGAUUGGUCACUUGAUUCGUGGAGUAAGAAUUACUGGAGUUUUCUGCAUGCUUUAUCAAUUAUUUUACAAUAUUGUUACGAAAAAAAAUCAGCCAAGUCACUUCACAAUUAUUUAGCUGCGCUUCUGUUGAACUUUGACUUAGUAUUACCUUGUAGUGAUUGUAGAUAUAACUAUAAGAUUAAAAAUCCAUUAAUAAAUGUAUCGCUACCCAUCAUUUAUAGUGAGGAUGCAAUUUUCAUGGUUUACAGUUUACACAAUGAUGUCCGCUCAGUAAGCGGCAUUGACAAAUAUUCUUUUAAUCAAUUCCUUAAUGAUUGGAGUAUUCAAAUAUCAGCUUCAAACGUAUCGACAUUGGAUGCCAAAUAUGUACUAUAAUACACUAAUGGAAAAAAUUAAAGGAUCAAAAAAAGAUUCCAAAUUUUUGGGCGAUUUUCAACAGGCCCUAACUUUGAGAGAAAUGGUCGUACAAGAAAUAAAAAGAAAGGAAAUUGUAGCUCCAAGUGUCUACUUUUUGGAUUAGAACUUUAAAAUUUUUUAGCGUUAGCAGUUUUUGAGUAACCUUAGAAAAACCA